CACUCUUUGAAGGGACGCUUAAGCUUGUGACCGGAGGGGGAAGCGGGAGCGGAGCUCGGGAGCAGCGCGGUUCCCGGCGGGGCGACCCCGCGGGCGCAGGCGGGAUGGACUCGGUGCUGCGCUGCCGGGGGCGCACGGAAGCGAGAGAGAUCUAAGUGUUCUUGGAUUUUUCUUGUCUUAGAUUCGCUUUUCGAAGGGGACGAGGGCGCAGGAAGGCUCCCCACGGCCCCCUCCUCGCUCCGGAGCCGGGGGGCGUCGAGCGAGGCGCGGGGGGGGCGGCGCCGGGGUGUGCGCGCCCGCUCGCGGGGCACCGCCAGCUCCUCCGCUGAUUUAACCGCCCGCGGGUCGCUUUGAGAGGGAGGCCGGGGGAAGGGGGGUCGUCGCUCUUUUCGGGAUGGAGCUGCGGUCGGAGCUGCCCAGCGUGCCCGCCGCACCCCCCCCGGUGCCUCCCAGCUCGGUGGCGGCGGCGGCGGCCGCGGCGGCGGCCACGCUGCCCGUGAGCGUUGCCGGGAGCCUCCUGCGGGCGCCGCCGCUGCUGCUGCGGGCGGCCGAGAAGUACCCGCGGACCCCCAAGUGCGCCCGGUGCCGCAACCACGGGGUGGUGUCGGCGCUGAAGGGCCACAAGCGGUACUGCCGCUGGAAGGACUGCAUGUGCGCCAAGUGCACCCUCAUCGCCGAGCGCCAGCGGGUCAUGGCCGCGCAGGUGGCGCUGCGCCGCCAGCAGGCGCAGGAGGAGAACGAAGCCCGCGAGCUGCAGCUGCUCUACGGCACGGCCGAGGGGCUGGCCCUGGCCGCCGCCAACGGCAUCAUCCCGCCCCGGCCCGCGUACGAGGUCUUCGGCUCCGUCUGCGCCGGGGGCAGCGGCGAGGGAGGCGCCGGCGCCUCGGAGUCCAAGAUGCAGAAGUUCGAGCUGUUCCCCAAGACGCUGCUGCCGAGCCGCGCCGUCACCCCGCAGCAGGCGGGAGGGAAGCCCCUGUCCCCGGACGGCGAGUCCGUGCCCGGCACCUCCUCCCCAGAAGCUCGCCACGGCUCGGGCUCGGAGAACGGGGACGGCGAGUCCUUCCUGAGCUCGCCCGUCUCCAAGGGCCCGAAGGAGGGGGAGGAGAGCCCGGGCUCCAUCAGCCCGCUGGGCUCGGACUCGGGCUCGGAGGCGGACAAGGACGAGCAGGACCCGUCGCCCUCGGGCGGCGGCCGGCAGCGGACUCCCAUCGACAUCCUGACGCGCGUCUUCCCGGCGCACAAGCGCGGCGUGCUGGAGCUGGUGCUGCAGGGCUGCGGCGGGGACGUGGUACAGGCCAUCGAGCAGAUCCUCAACAACCGCGGCCCGGACAAGGGCCCCGAGGAGGGCUGGGCUCGGGACGGCGCCUUGCAAGCCCUGCCGCCCACCCCCGCCGCCGCCGCCGCCCACCACCGGCCCUUGAUCGCCGGAGCCAUGGCCCCGGCCAUCGGCGCGCUGGGCAGCCGCUCCGCCUUCUCCCCGCUGCAGCCCAACGCCACGCACUUCGGGGCCGAGGCCGGCGCUUACCCGCUGGGCACCCACCUGGGACUCAACCCGCUGCGCCUCGCCUACUCGGCGCACAGCCGGGGACUCGCCUUCAUGACCCCUUACUCCACGGCAGGGCUGAUGCCCACGCUCGGGUUCCGGCCCCCCGUGGACUACGCCUUCAGCGACCUCAUGCGGGACCGCUCCGGCGUGCACAAGGAGCAGGUCUACUCCGGCGGGCUCUACGGGCCCAUGGUCAACAACACCCCCGAGAAGCAAUAGCCGGGGCGGCUUCCCAAAGCGCACCCGUGUAGGGGCGGAUAGGUGGGCGCGGGUGGAUGGAUUCGGGCGGCUUUCUCUCCCCUCUCCCCCCGUACGGAGCCCGGCGCGGACAGGCGUAGGUGUGUUAAAAGCGGUGGUAAAGGUGCACUUUCAUUGUCCAGACAUGAGUCGCUCUUUGUUGCUUAUGGCCAUAAGCAUGAGUAUCCCUGGGGUGCCGUGGGGUGCGUACGCGCGCACACGCUCUCUUUCCCACACACGUACAUAUAUAUAUGUAUACUAGCAAGUGUAUAAUGUUAUAAAAUGGAAAUCUAAGUUAUUAAUGUAACGCGUAGGUGAACUCGGUAUUAACGUUAAGCUAAAGGUUAGACAGCUCAUUGUAAUACUUACCAGGCGUAUAGAUUAAACCUAUUGUCAGAUUGAAAGCCUUUUCCUUCCCGCCCCAGGAAUGUUACGAUCUGUAUAUAACAUUGGAAAGUAGAUAUAUUUGUAACUGUCCGUAGGACCCCGGCGCCAAUGGUGUAUGACGGUUUAAUGAGCCUCCUUCAUUUGUGAUCCGCAAGAAAAUUGCUUUCUUGUUCCCAUGUAGCAAACUUCUUGCUGUUUCUAACAGGUAAUUCUGUGUUUCCACUUCAUAGAAAUAAAUGUUAUUUUCUAUUAAAAAAAAAAAUCGAUCUUAUAAAUGGCAAGUGGUAUUUUAUAAGAUGGUGGAAGUGUGUAUUGGGAAAUUCAUUUGACAAGUACAGUCAAUAUUUAAAGGAGUUUAUGCAGUUAGUACAAACAUGUUUACUACAU